AUGGCGGUGGAGAUCAGAUCACACAGAGUCCUGCAGAGUCUUCAAUUACUUAUUAUUGAUGCAUUUCAUGGUAAAGGAUUUCAGAAAAUAAAAGAAUAUUUUCAACAGAAAGAAAGACGCUUUCCUCAAAAAUAUAAUCAUCUUCUAUUAUACCAUCUUGACAGAUCAAUACAUAAGGAACUGGAUAAAAAUGAAUUUCAGCACGUUUCACUGUUGCUGAAAUGUAUUCAGCGAUUCUUCAUAGAUGACCUCAAAGAUGAUGAGCCUUUGCUAAUUCUGCAGGGACUGAUCCCAAAGAUAAUUUCCUGGCUUGAAAGGAUAACAGGAUUUCUGAUCUUGGAAGACCUAGCCUCAGACACAUCGCUGAUUAGUGUUAUGGAAGACCUCUUUGACACGGCGUUGAUUGUUUCCAGGAGAAGUAGUAAAGGAAAAAUUCAGAUGUUGGAUCACUUCCUAUUUAGCUUAGGAUUCCUGGUGACAGAAGAGACUGUAAAUCAUUUGAUUCAACAGGAGGCUUUGAGAACUCUGAACUGCAUUUUGAACACUGUACCGCGGGAAGAGCGAAAAAAAUUCCCUCAGUCAGAAGGCAUGUGUCGUCUUAUGAAAGACCUUGCAAGGACAAUCUUGACUGUGGGUGAUUAUGACCAGCAGGUUGCUAUUUCUGAAGCCUUAUGUAGACUGACGAUUAGAAAAUCAAGGGAUGACCUUGUCCAUCAGUGGUUUGAUGAUGAUGCCAUUGCUGAAGCUUUCAAAAAAAUUAAGGAUCAAGAAUUUGACACGGGCAGUAGAUGGUUUCUCAAUCACCUAAACAACAAACUUGGUGACCAAAGAAGGGUCUGUUCGUUUCCGUGUAUUGCUGCUUUUGCUGAUGGGCAUGAGAUGAGAAAACCAGCAGAUGAAAAACUAGAGAAAUUUUGGAUUGACUUCAAUGUAGGAAGUCAGAGUGUAACUUUUUAUAUAGACAAUGAAGAGAGUGCUCUGUGGGACUCAGUGAGACUUGUGAAGGAAGCAGUGAUGAAGUUCAGCAUAACAGAAACAGAGAAGAUCAAGAUAUUUAUUGUUUACCUGAAGAAGCCUAUUAUUAUCAGCAACAAGGAAGUGAUGACCAUAGAAAUCCAUUUUGAUUUGCAGUUCAACAUAUCAGAAGCUUCCAUUCAAACUUUAGGAGAAGACAAAGAGAUGUUACCUGACCUGCUGAAAAUGUCCUCAGAAUUUUUUAGUAAGUCUGAGAAAGAAGACACUGAGAUUCCUAGUAGCCAUGAAAGAGUGCCAGAAGUUACUUCGAAACAUGAGUAUUCUUCAGAUGUACAUGAACCACCAGUUAAAAUUCUGUCUCCUAAAUUAAAUGACAAAUCUAGGGUAGAUUCUGCUUUCAGCGGUGACAGAAAGCAAAGAAUGAGUGUAUCGUUCAGUUACAGGACACAUCUCUUCUCUGAGAGCAAUCAAGAUUCAAGUUCUAGUACCAGUGGAUUGUCUUGGACCAGUAACCAAAAAAGGAAAUCCCUGAAAUCAUAUUCUAAUAGAAAAAAGACAAGAACUAGAAGUAGGAUGAGAACCUUGCCACUUUUUUCUUUCAGCAGUGGCAGUGACCAUGAGAAAGACCAAGCUAAACUUCUGUCACCAUUACAGAAAGACAUGUCCAGGCAAAAUAACAUUACUACACCUCCAAAAAUCCCUGAAAAAAAAUUCCAAGGUAGUUCUGCCUUUUUAACUCCUGAAGAUUCUGCCCAGAAAACAGAGCUUCAAGGUCCUCACCCACAGAGUGAGCUCUCUUCCUUGGAGUACUCAGAUGAUAAAGAAAAUGUGUCUAAGACUGUGAACCAAGAGUCAUUAAUGGAAAGUACUGGCUUCAAACAUAAGCUGCAACACUUGGAAGAUGGAG